CUUGCGGCGGGAGCCUUCAGUAGCCGUUCGGACGUCGACCGGAAAAGCUCCGACGCGUUACGUCGCUUUUCUCGACGGUGUCCGUCGUAAAAAAGAUCGUCGACGUUUCCUUCGUCGGUGAGGAAACCAUCGAUCGAGACCAGACCAUCUUGACUUUUUUCCGUUUUCUUUUUUCUCUUCUCCCCCUUUUUUCCUCUCCUCAUCGCGUAAAUUUUCAAUAUCUUUUCGAUCUCAUUAAUUUCAGUUAAAAUAUAUUUACGAGCUCGUAUAAGUUUUUACGAGUAGGGGAAAGAAAUUGCGGAGGAGGGAGAAUCGAUUUACGAAGAAGUUGUAAGCAAUUGAAACAAAUAAAAAGAUAAAGAAAAGCGAAAGAAAGAGAACAAAAAUUGUGAUAGUGAAAAGUGCGAUUUGAAAAAACCGAUGGAUCGUUACGCGUUUGUGAUGAACGUGAUUACGCGGAAGUGUUGAUAUGAACGAUCGACAGUGAUCCAUCCGCCUGUCUCGGAAAAGCGCUCGCGCGCUUCUAUGUGUAUGUGCUUCGUGGGGUGUGGAUAAUUGCAAUCGAGAGCGAGACACACGAUGAGAAGUGUCGCGAAAUACCGAGCCGCGCGUCCUUCCCUUUUCGUUUCGCUGCUUUUCGUCGUGUUCGCCGGCGUAACCGGUGUUCGUGGAUUGACAAAUGUGUCGAUCGAUGUACCGUUAGCAGUCGCAGCUGGCACGACGGUCAACAUGAGCUGCAGGUACGAUUUGGAAACGGACAUCCUUUACGCGGUGAAAUGGUACAAGGGACAGGAAUUUUUUCGAUACGUUCCGAAAGAGGAUCCACCGAUCGAAGUUUUUGGAGAUCUCGGUGCUAAAGUUGUGACGAAUCGGAGCAACGCCAACUACGUGAUUCUGAAGGAUGUCCAGCCGAGUAAUUCCGGAAAAUAUCGUUGCGAAGUUUCCGAGGACUUUCCGUCCUUUAAUACCCUAAUGGUUUUUGAUUACAUGCACGUGGCCAGUCUCCCAAAAGGUGAUCCGGAAGUGAACGUAGAGAAACAAAGAUACGCGGUCGGUGACACGGUAAGAGGCAAUUGUACCGUGCCUUCAGGAAAUCCUCCAGCCAAUAUAACGUGGACCGUCAAUGGAAAUCAGGUAAACUCGUCCUUCAUAAUGAACAUCACGGACAAAUUCAUCGACAAUCAUCACAUGGCUAUAGCAGGCUUGGACUUUGAAAUUGCUUCGAAUACCUUCAGCAACGGCAAACUGCAGGUCGUUUGUAACGCCAACGUCUUUCAUCUCUAUCAAAAGAAGGCCGAAGUCCUUUUAAAGGAGGAACGACCGAUAUUGGCUUCCGUACUGGGAACUCGUGAAUCUUCUUACAUCGGUAAUGCAGCGAGACGCGUCGAGGAGUGGUUUUGCACAGGUGUACUGACUACCUUGCUGCUGUGCAAUCUGAGAUAACAUCUGUGAACAUCGACUGGAUCUAUGCAUACUACUGUGUCGGAGAGGAAGAGAAUAAAAUUGUUUGUAAAAUUUCGAGAAUAUUAAUACGAAAAGAAGGAGAAAAGAAAAAAGGAGAAAAGAGAGAGAGAGAGAGAGAGAGAGAGAGAGAGAGAGAGAGAGAGAGAGAGAGAGAGAAAGAGAAAAGGGGAGAGAGAGUUUUUCGUUAAAAUAAGUAUCGAACGUAUGUUAUUCGUGUAAAUAGGAUAAAAAAAAUUUAGUAAAAUAUCUACGUGUAUGCGACAUGCGUCAUCUCGUCGUCACAUGAAACGACUUUGUAAUCCGAAUAAUGUCGUAUUAUAAUAUAUUAGGAUCAACGAUACGUCGCGCUAAAAUAUCGAAAACUUUUUUCGAACACAUUAUAUGAUGUUUUUUAUCCUCCGACAAUGAUUUUGAUACCUUCUCUGUACCGUUGUAGCCAAUACAAUGUGACCCAUCACGUUUGUAGGGCAAAAACUGUUAUCGUUCAUAAACGAGGUUUUAUUUCAAUGAAAAAUGAAUAAAUGAUUCACCUUCGUUA